AUGUUGGGCAGUCAUUCAAAAUUAAGUAUCGCGCAGAUCGUGUUCUAUAUACCGGUAACGGCCAUUGCACUUUACCUCGCAUGCUAUCGACACAAGCGACCUCGCAUGGCAUGGAUCAUCCUAACUUUCUUCUCCCUCGUUCGGAUCACUGCGGGUAUCUUGGUGAUUAUCGCACAAAAUUCUUCCAGUACUGGCGUGAUGAUAGCUUCAGUCAUCUUCCUCAAUGCUGGCAUGUUUCCCUUAAUCGCAGCAACUUUGGGCUUUAUUCGAAUCAUAGUGGCCCUUGAAAGAGAGAUGAGCCGACAAAUUCGGCAAUGUUUAGUCGUAUCCCGAAUCCUUUUCAUCGUCGGGAUUGGACUUACCGUUGCAGGUGGGGCUCUGGAAGGGAGCGACACCAACAGUGAUGUACUCAUCGGUAUCAAACUUGUCAAAUCCGGAUACAUCAUCGUGGUAGUCUUUGUCGGGUGUUUACUGGCCAUGCAAGUAUACUUCUGGACAAACCGCUCAAGUCUCUCGGUUACAAGCAGAACGAUCCUCAACGCCACGGCUCUGGCUACACCAUUCAUAGCCGUUCGUAUCGUAUACCUCUUUUUGUCUGUAUUCGAGCCAACCGACCUGAGGUGGAAUGAUCUGAGUGGUCCAGUUACCCCAUUCUUGACCAUGGGGCUGUUGAUGGAAUAUUCUGUUGUUUCGAUCUAUCUUAUUACGGGUUUCAUGAUUCCUAGUUGGAGGAAUAUCCAAAAGCCAGAGAUCCUCUUGAGUGAAGCUACAAGAUGA